AUAAAGAGUGAUGUUUAUAAAAGUAUUUUGUAGACCAAAAUUUUAACAAACGUACAAAUUAAAUUUAAUUCUUUUAAGUUAUUUCAAAUACAAAGAAAUAAAACCAAACAAUAUCAUGGAUGAAUCGCCAGGCAGCAAAGCACUUCAAAAUAUGAAAAACCUUUCAAACAGUCUUGUUGAAUUUAAAAAGCCAAUUGUUCCCAAGAAGCGCAAUAAACCAAAAAUUCUCACUGAAGAAAAAUACAUUGAGGAAUUAUCUAAAAUAAUUCAACGCGACUUCUUUCCUGAUUUGGAUAGAUUGCGAGCUCAAAAUGAUUACCUCGAUGCCUUGGAAAAGAACGAUCACGUUAAAAUGCGUGAAAUUCGUUCUAAAUACAGUGGAAAACAAUUUUCCGAACGAAGUAGAUCUAUGACGCCGGCUACUUUCGAAACUCCUCAAAUGAACGCGUCUGGAAAAACACCUCAGCCAAGAACAACUCAACCAAGUGACACUCCCAAGUCAACGGAUUCCAGAUCGAGUGAGCCUAAAUCGUUGUCCACAUCACAUACGUUGGAUUCCUUUUUGCAAGCCUACACCAGUGAGGAUAAUUAUAGUUUUCAAGAAAUCAUCGAGACCGCCGAUGAAAAACUACGAGAAAAGUUCGCCGUGCUUUACAACCAAGAGUUCCUCUCAGCGGACAAAUUAGCCAGAGCUCUGACGCUGCCCAGCAUCGAGACACAGUUCAGCGAUGCAGAUCCUCAAAAAGCGAUAGAAACAUGGUCCUACCGCAAUCGUAACUUCAUAAUGUACAUCCCCGAGGGUGUGGAGCUCACAGAAGAUGAAAAAAUCGAAAGCAUCAAUAGACGCCAAGUCAUUUCCCACAGUAACACCCGCCUCUCGGUGAAUCCUUUCAACGAAUCUCGCAACAAGGAGACUAUGUCGGAAAUAAUCAAGAAUCAGUCCCAAAUGGUUAAUGGCAAAGUUGGCGUCGAUGGUAAUAUUAUGAAUUUGAAAAAUGUUCCUAGUGUAGGUGGCUUUGAUCUGGUUAAGACACCUUCGCCUCGACCCGGCGAAGCAUUCAGUCCGCUUAUGACGUGGGGUGAAAUCGAAGGUACGCCUUUUCGUCUGGAUGGCAGCGAUACCCCAGUGAGAUCGAACAAUGGUCCAUCGUUCAGAAUCAACGAGAAUUCACGAAGAGAAACCAUUGCUUUGGCCUUGGCUGAAAAAGUUGGUGAAAAGAUGCGCGCCCAGAAACAAAGAGCCAUGGAUACUGCGAGAAAAAACAUUGGUUCUCCUUUCAUCCGAUCGUCGAUGGAUAGACUGGCGUCCAUGUCCCCAGCAGCACGACGUUUGGCAACAGCAAAACUAGGUCUUCGAACACCUAGUCCAUUCCGAACACCGUCCUCGACGGCGUUGGGAAAGAACAAACCAAAAACAACUCCCUUAUCAAUGGCGCAGAGGAGAAAAACUCCAUUAGGUGCUGCAUCCUCAACAUCGUCAGAUGCAUCGAAGGCACCUGAUUUGACUGAUGAUUUACUUAAGAUUCCAACAAAACGAUUGAACGCAUCAGAUUUCUUUUGAAUCUUCUAUGAGCUAUAUUUUUGCACUACAAUCUAAAAAACUAUUAUUAUAAGUAUUUGAUUUAUUUGUCAUAUGGAAUUUGUUACCGCAAGCCGAGGCUUAGGUGUUAAUUAAACUAAAAGUUUUCGAGUUCA